AUGCCGCGCCACCUCGCGCUCCACGCGAUCGCCGCCGCGCUGCCGGCGGCGUCAGGGCCAGGCAGCCACCUCGGCCCUGCGGUGUCCGCCGCGGCAGCUUUCCUGGCCGUGUGCGCGCUGGCGCUGGCGCUGUGCGCGUCGCACUCGGCGCCGGGGCCUGGCGGGCGGCUGCGGCGCGCCCUGGCCAGCGUGAGCCGGCGGCGGACGGAGCCAGCCAUCGCGGCCGUGCACCAGGUGCAGCCCGGCGGCCUGGAGGCGUCGCCGUGCGUCUGGCAGAAGGGCAUCCUCAUGGGCGGCGAGUAA